CAAUCUUCUUAGUUUUCCACAAACUCGAAAAUGUCUUCCAAAUACUUAGCUGUGUUGUUCCUUCUUGGAAUCGUUCUUUUCAUCACUUCCUCACUUGCUGAUAAUCAUCACGAUCCUCCCAAAAAUGAGCAUAUGCCACCAGAAAAUAAAUCACCAAAACACAAACCACCACACGGACACAUGUUGGUAGAGGAGGUUGACGACUCACACAAGCCCAAUUUCCCAAGACAUGGUGGAAAGGGAGAGAAGCAACCACCCCAGAAGCCGCAUUUCCCAGGACACGGUGGCAAGGGUGAGAAACAACCGCCGAAACACAAGCCACCGCAUGGACACAAGUUGGAGGAGGAAGUUGAGGACUCACACAAGCCUAAUUUCCCAGGACACGGUGGCAAGGGAGAGAAGAAACCUCCUAAAGAGCCUAAUUUCCCAGGAAAUGGUGGCAAGGGAGAGAAGGAACCACCCCAAACGCCUAAUUUCCCAGGACAUGGUGGCAAGGGAGAGAAGGAACCACCCCAAACACCUAAUUUCCCAGGACACGGUGGCAAGGGAGAGAAGGAACCACCCCAAACACCUAAUUUCCCAGGACAUGGUGGCAAAGGAGAAAAAAAGCCACCCAAAGAGCCUAAUUUCCCAGGGCAUGGUGGCAAGGGAGAGAAGCAACCACCCAAGAAACCGUAUUUCCCCGGCCACGGUGGCAAGGGCGAGAAGGAGCCACCUAAGCACAAGCCACCAACUCAUGGAGAGAAGGAACCACCACCCUACCACAAGCCACCUUAUAAGCCUCCAUCAGCCAAUUGAUCAGCGCCUUCAUAUAUAUCUAUAUGAAUUUAAUUAUAUGAAGAAAUAAUAGACCAUGCAAAUCAUAUAAUGACUUCUUGAGAGUAGAGUUUUGUUUUGCGUAUCAAUUACUACUUAAGAGGAGUGUUAUUUGUUUUGCUUUGGUAUAUUUUAGUGCUUAUUGUCGCUUGGCUUGUAACUGAUGAGCAUAUUUGUUCAUUAGUUUGCUCGUCUUAUGCAGUCAUGUAGAUUAUUCGGUUCUUUUAUAUAUUGGGGAUUUUCUUCUUUUCA